AAUCUCUCUCUCUUCCCGCAAAAUAACACCUCUCUCUCUCUCUCUCUCUGUGGAAACCCUCCCAUCUAUCAAUCAUCUCUCACCCGAAAAACCUCCUAUAAUUUCUUUCAUCUCUCGACAAAGAUUUUAGAACUUUUUGUUCUCUGCCCAUCUAAUCGUCACAACUUGUCCCAAGUCCGAACCCAUCUUUCUCUCUCAAAUUCCCACAAAAACAGAAAAAAAUAAUGGCGGCGGUGGUGAAUAGUGCCUCGUGGCAGCCACAGGAAGAAGGGUUCAGAGAGAUCUGCGGCUUGCUUGAGCAACAGAUUUCUCAUUCUUCGGACAAGUCUCAGAUUUGGCAUCAACUCCAACACUACUCUCAGUUCCCAGAUUUCAACAAUUACCUCGCUUUCAUUCUCGCUCGUGCCGAGGGUAAAUCAGUGGAAAUUCGACAAGCUGCGGGCCUUCUUCUAAAAAAUAACCUUAGAACUGUGUACAAGUCCAUGACUCCUGUAAACCAGCAAUAUAUUAAAUCAGAAUUGUUGCCUUGCUUGGGAGCAGCAGAUAGGCAUAUUAGAUCAACAGUUGGGACCAUUAUUAGUGUUGUUGUUCAGCUAGGGGGUGUUUUGGGAUGGCCCGAGUUGUUGCAAGCUUUAGUAAAUUGCUUAGACAGUAAUGACGUAAAUCACAUGGAAGGUGCUAUGGAUGCUUUAUCUAAGAUUUGUGAGGAUAUCCCGCAAGUGCUUGAUUCAGAUGUACCUGGCUUAGCUGAACGCCCAAUUAACAUAUUUCUUCCUAGAUUGUAUAAGUUUUUCCAGUCACCACAUGCCUCAUUAAGAAAGCUCUCCUUGGGUUCUGUUAAUCAAUACAUAAUGUUGUUGCCUGCUGCUUUAUAUGUCUCUAUGGAUCAAUAUCUUCAGGGUUUGUUUGUUCUUGCUCAUGACCCUGCAUCAGAAGUGCGGAAAUUGGUUUGUGCAGCAUUUGUUCAGCUAAUUGAAGUCCAUCCAUCUUUCUUGGAGCCACAUCUGAGGAAUGUAAUUGAAUACAUGUUGCAAGUCAACAAGGACACUGAUGAUGAAGUGGCUCUUGAGGCUUGUGAAUUCUGGUCUGCAUAUUGUGAUGCUCAGUUACCACCAGAGAAUUUAAGGGAGUUCUUGCCACAUCUGAUUCCGAUUUUGUUGUCAAACAUGGUUUAUGCUGAUGAUGAUGAAUCACUUGUGGAUGCCGAGGAAGAUGGUUCUCUCCCAGAUCGUGAUCAGGAUCUCAAACCUCGUUUCCAUUCUUCACGAUUUCAUGGAUCCGAUGUGGAAGACGAUGAUGAUGACAUUGUUAAUGUAUGGAAUUUACGGAAAUGCAGUGCUGCUGCUCUUGAUAUCCUCUCAAAUGUGUUUGGGGAUGAGAUUCUUCCAACAUUGAUGCCGAUAGUUCAGACCCAGUUGUCCACCACAGGUGAUGCAGCUUGGAAAGAAAGGGAAGCUGCUGUUUUGGCUCUUGGUGCCAUCGCUGAAGGUUGCAUCAAUGGUCUUUAUCCCCAUUUGUCUGAGAUUGUCACAUUUCUUAUCCCUCUUUUAGAUGAUAAGUUUCCGCUGAUACGGAGUAUUUCAUGUUGGACAAUUUCUCGUUUCAGCAAAUUUAUUGUUGAGGGUAUUGGACAUCAAAAAGGAUAUGAGCAAUUUGACAAGGUUCUUAUGGGUUUAUUGCGAAGAAUAUUGGAUACUAACAAGCGGGUGCAAGAGGCUGCUUGUUCAGCUUUUGCAACACUUGAAGAGGAGGCUGCAGAGGAGUUGGCACCACGCUUGGAAAUUAUUUUGCAGCACCUUAUGUGUGCUUUUGGAAAAUAUCAGAGACGGAACCUUAGAAUUGUAUAUGAUGCUAUUGGAACCUUAGCAGAUGCUGUUGGAGGGGAGCUAAAUCAGCCCAAUUACCUUGACAUUCUGAUGCCGCCAUUAAUUGCAAAGUGGCAGCAACUUUCAAAUUCAGACAAGGACAUUUUUCCACUUCUGGAGUGUUUUACAUCUAUAGCACAGGCAUUGGGUACCGGAUUCUCUCAAUUUGCUGAGCCUGUAUUUCAGAGGUGCAUAAACAUCAUUCAGACCCAACAGUUGGCAAAGGUUGAUACUGUUUCGGCGGGGGUUCAAUAUGAUAAAGAGUUUAUUGUAUGCUGUCUUGAUCUACUCUCUGGACUUGCAGAGGGUCUUGGCAGUGGGAUAGAGAGUCUGGUUUCACAUAGUAAUUUAAGAGAUCUGCUUCUGCAAUGUUGCAUGGAUGAUGCUUCUGAUGUCCGUCAGAGUGCCUUUGCCCUUCUUGGGGACCUUGCUAGAGUAUGCCCUGUUCAUUUGCACCCUCGUUUGUCUGAGUUUCUCGAUAUUGCAGCAAAGCAACUGACCAGUCCUAAGCUUAAGGAAACUGUUUCAGUUGCAAAUAAUGCAUGUUGGUCAAUUGGGGAAUUAGCAGUUAAGGUUCGUCAAGAAAUUGCUCCAGUUGUUAUGACUGUUAUUUCAUGCUUAGUUCCAAUCCUACAACAUGUGGAGGAGGUCAACAAGUCACUCAUAGAAAAUAGUGCAAUAACACUUGGGAGGCUUGCCUGGGUUUGUCCAGAGCUUGUGUCACCACAUAUGGAACAUUUUAUGCAAGCAUGGUGCAGUGCCUUGUCUAUGAUACGCGACGAUAUUGAAAAGGAGGAUGCUUUCCGAGGUCUAUGUGCCAUGGUUAAAGCAAAUCCAUCGGGGGCAUUAAGCUCACUUGUUUUCAUGUGCAAAGCUAUUGCAAGUUGGCAUGAAAUAAGGAGUGAAGAUCUACAUAAUGAUAUUUGCGAGGUGUUGCGCGGUUAUAAACAGAUGCUUAGAAAUGGAGCAUGGGACCAAUGUAUGUCUGCUUUGGAGCCCCCAGUGAAGGAUAAGCUGUCAAAGUAUCAAGUGUAAUAUGUUUCUCACAGCAGAUGUUUUUUCUCUGCUGGCACUCGUUUGCAAUAUGUGCCUCUUCAUAGUGGUGUGUCUGCCUCAAUACUGUUAGUCAUCUGUGCACUGUCUGAUAUUUAAUUGAAGUCAUGGUUAACCACAGAUGAAGUGCGGCCCUAUUUUCUCGGGCAAAGCAUUAUGUUGACCUAAUUCUUUGAAGCUUGGAGCUAAUUUGCACCUCUUCGAAACUUCAAAUGGAUUGAUUGUGUCCGGACAGCAUUUGAUUUUAGAAAAAGAAGCAAUUUGUGGGUUUGGACAUGGAUGGUGUACAGUGGGUGCAGCUUUCUAGGCUUCAAGAUAGUGUGUUCAUUUUUGGUGUCUUGUAUUUACAAAAAUGCUAAAUAUUUCUCAAUCAGGCUCUGGAUUGAUAAUUUUUUUACCUAUCUUUUUCAAUUUAUUUGGGCUUUAAGAGUUCUCCAUAGUUUUAACUUUCAGUGGAUAGGGUUUGUGUCUGAUUUCCACAGAUUUUGUACUAGGGGUUCGACAUAUAUAUCUUGUUCGAUGUCUGUAACAUUUAUAUUAUAAAGAUGGGGGCGCAAUUAUUCUUGCUGCA